AUGCCAAACCCAAAGUCCCGUCGCCUAGUUCCCGUAGUCUCCGACACUAUUUCUCUCCCCGUCCAGAAACGCAGGAAGAAUGUCGGCACCGCGUGUUCGUCUUGCAAGGCUCGCAAGCUCAAGUGUACCGGAGCUCCUCCCUGCGCCAACUGCCUGAAAAGCCGCCUCGAAUGUACCCUCGACGAAACCGCCGACAAACGCCGUCGUGGAGUCCUCAAGCGCAAGAUUGACAAGUUGGAAGAUAAGGAAGAUCUACUGGUCCGCCUCCUCGAAUUCUUUCGCGAGAGUAGCAACCGCAGCACAAUCCCUCUUUUGAACCUCAUCCGCAGCCAUGCCUCUCCUGCAGAAAUUCGCUUCUAUAUCGAGCAACAGCCGAACCUUCCGCAGACACCAGAGCUCUUGGAAGUUGAACUGCCUCAGCGCCAUAUUCUUGACGCCAGGAAGUCUUCUGACGCUCCACGCUUCUCUGUCCCUGCGCGACCCUGGACCUCCAUUAUAGACGACGACGAUCUUGUCUCGAGGCUGAUUUCUUCCUGGUUUACGUGGGUACAUCCGAUCUGCAACUUCAUCGAUCGCGAUCUCUUCAUCCGGGAUAUGCAAUCUGGAUCCCUUUCAGCAUCGUAUUGCUCGCCGCUCCUGGUGAACAUCAUACUAUCUGAUGCAUGUGCUUACUCUUCCGACAAUCUAUCUGAUCUGCGAACGAACUUUUACACGGAAGCCAAAAGAUUACUUGACAAGGAAGAGGGCCGUAUUAGUUUACCCACGGUGCAGGCCUUAUCAGUUCUAUGGAUGUGUAAUAGCGCAACGAACAUCGGCCGUGACCGACAAGCAUGGAUCAUAGGUGGACAGCUGGCGUAUUCGCUUCGAGAACUGUUGGCUUCCUGCAACUCUCCACCUGAUUAUGUUAACCACACGAACUGGGGUAUAUUCAAUCUUUCCUUGGCUCAUGCUUUACUAGUCCGAAAAUUCCCAGCUAUUCCACCACCCUCCCAGCCGCCACCUAGCAACCAGUGCAAGAACCACACUUGGUGCUCGCAGUCUGACGCACACACGUUCUGCCUCUUCAACGCCGUUUGCGAAUUGAACCGAACUGCGUACAAUCUGGGGCAAGCUCUCUUCACACCCCUGCUCCAUUUAGACUUGAGUAGCAAGAAACUCGACGCACUCCAGUAUCUCGGUGAAUGGCUGGACCAGCUACCGAUAUGUCUGAAUGAACGCAAUGUUGAUAUUCCUCAUGUUCUCUCUCUACAUAUGCACUACCACACCAUCAUGUCGGCAGUCUACGGCCUAUUUCGAUUCCAGUCUGUCGAUCCCUCCACUCACCCACUGAGCCCGAAUAUCCGUGAAGCUCUAAGGUCUCCUGCUUACGCUUUCGACGGCUGUCUGUCGUCUGCCUGCAAAGUCGCGCAGUUAACCCUUGUCCAUCGUUCUAGGUGGGGAGCCGACCGGAUGCCUGCAAUCAACGUUCCUUACAUUAUAACAGCACUCUUCAAUCUGCUAGAAGUUAUAGACGAUCCUAUCAAUCGUGAUGCAUUUAUCUCACUCGUGGUAGCCACCGGUGCCUUUUCGCAACGAUCGCCCGUUACAAAAGGAUAUAUGCGCACCCUACAGAACAUGGCGCUAGAACGAAAGAUAUCGCUUCCAGCCGAAACAGGUCCUUUUUUCUUGAAUUCGGACUCCUGA